AUGUCGCUAGUGCUGCUGAGCCUGGCCACGCUGUGCUGGGGGGCAGUGUCCCCGGAGUCGACGAUUCAGUGUGGCUCUGAACCCGGACCGUCUCCAGAGUGGAUGGUCCAACACACUCUGACCCCAGGAGACUUGAGGGACCUCCAAGUGGAACCUGUUAAAAGCAAUGUUGCCAUGGAGGAUUAUUCCAUUUUGAUGAAUGUCAGCUGGAGACUCCGGGCAGAUGCCAGCAUUCGCUUGCUGAAGGCCACCAAGAUCUGCGUGACAGGCAAGAGCAACCUCCAGUCCUACAGCUGCGUGAGGUGCAAUUACACGGAAGCCUUCCAGACUCAGACCAGACCGUCUGGCAGCAGAUGGACGUUUUCCUACACAGGCUUUCCUGUAGAGCCAAACACAGUAUACUUCAUCGGGGCCCACAAUAUCCCCAAUGCCAAUAUGAAUGAAGACCCCCCCUCCAUGUCUGUGAACUUCACCUCACCAGGCUGCCUAAAUCACAUAAUGAAACACAAAAAAAAGUGCAUCGAGGCAGGAAGUCUGUGGGAUCCAAACAUCACUGCUUGUGAGAAGAACAAGACGGCAGUAGAAGUGAAUUUUACAACCAGCCCCCUUGGAAACAAAUACAUGGCUCUCAUCCGAAAUAACAUCGUAAUUGGGUUUUCUAACGUGCUGGAGAACAACCCCCCAAGUCGAGCUUCAGUGGUGAUCCCCGUUACGGGGGAAAGUGAAGGUGCUGUGGUCCAGCUGACUCCGUAUUUCCAUACUUGUGGCAAUGACUGCAUCCGACGCAAAGGAACAGUUGUGCUUUGCCCACAAUCGGGCAUGUCCUUCCCCGUGGACAGUCGCAGAGGCAUGCUGGGUGGCUGGCUUCCUCUUCUCCUCUCAGCUCUGCUGGUGGCCACAUGGGUGCUGGCCGUUGGGAUCUAUCUAAUGUGGAGGCACGAAAGGACCAGGAAGACUUCCUUCCCUACUACCACGCUCCUGCCCCCCAUUAAGGUUCUUGUGGUCUACCCAUCUGAAAUUUGUUUCCGUCACACAGUUUGUUACUUCACUGAAUUUCUUCAAAACCACUGCAGAAGUGAGGUUAUCCUUGAAAAGUGGCAGAAAAAGAAAAUAGCUGAGAUGGGUCCAGUGCAAUGGCUUACCACUCAGAAGAAAGCUGUGGAUAAAGUCAUCUUCCUUCUUUCCAAUGACAUCAACCCCAGGUGUGAUGGCACCUGUGGCAGGAGUGAGGGCAGCCCCCAUGAGAAUUCCCAAGACCUGUUCCCCCUGGCCUUUAACCUCUUCUGUAGCGAUCUGAGAAGCCAGACUCCCCUUCACAAAUACAUGGUGGUCUAUUUUAGAGAGGCGGAUACCAAAGACGAAUACAGCGCGCUCAGUGUCUGCCCCAAGUACCACCUCAUGAAGGAUGCUCCUGCUUUAUGUACAGAACUUCUCCGUGUCAAGCAGCAGGUAUCAGCAGGAAAGAGGCUGACGGCCUGUUCCCUGUAG